AUGAGAAAAGUAACUGCCAAUGGGAACGGUUUGAAGUUAGUUCCAGUUAAGAGACCUGUCUUAUUUACAAUCACUGCUCCAGGCUUUGACCAAGAUGAUAUUGGCAUUGUGGUCACGGCUCCGUCGAGCCGAGAGAUCCCUUUCCGAAUGGACACUAUAAAAGCAGGUCAUUAUGAGGUGGAGUACAUCACUCCAGAAGUAGGCGAACAUUUGAUUGAGGUGAAGGCGUUGGGCAAAGCCAUUGCUGGCAAUCCAUUUCAUAGUCUGGCAUACGAUUCGAGCAAGAUCAAAGUUGGUGCCAUUCCCAAUGGGGUCGUCGCAAACGCCGUUCAAUUUCAAAUUGACUGCAGUGAAGCCGGUUCUGGCAAUUUGGAGAUACUUGUCAACAGUGGACGAGUGAACAGCGAAGUGAAGAACUUAGGAAAUCAUCACUUCUUGGCCUCGUUUGUGCCGCAAACCGUUUCAUUACAUACCAUAGAAAUGAAGUUCAACGGCGAGCAUGUGUUGGGCUCUCCAUUCAAGUGUCAAAUAUUUGCAUCACAUUUGCCAAUAAAUUCGUUGUCGAAAAAAGGAUUAUUAAAAGUGCAGUCUUUGGAGUCGUUUCCUGUCGGACAAACCCAUUCCUUCGAUAUAAGUGCUCCGGCAGUCAAAAAAGAAGACAUUGUUGUGUCAAUAGUGGGUCCCUCGAAGACCACAGUCCAGAACCGGAUAUUGGAUCUGCAAAACGAUGUAUUUCGUGUGUAUUUCAGUGUCUCAAUAGUGGGCACCUAUAUGUUUGAGAUCAACGUCAACGGUCAGCCACUAAUGACCAGCGCUUUUUCAGCUAAAGCUUACGAUAUAUCGAGAAUAUCUGUGAGCGAAACGCCUAAAAACUGCUUAAUUGGACAUAAGUUUGAGUUUCAAGUGGACGCCUCACAGGCCGGUGAGGGACAGCUCGAAAUUGCUGUCAAUGACGGAGAAGUGCCAAAUCAGGUGCAAGUGUUGGGUAACGGAAAAUGUUUGGUUAAUUUCACACCAGAAUCACUUAUUCCACACAUAGUCGACAUCAAAUUUAACGGCGAAAAUGUUCCUGGUUGUCCUUUUGUGUGUGAGAUAUCAGAUGCCACACAAUUUAACGUCGAUGUGAGUCAUAUAGAGCUCAUACCGGUUGGAAUGCCGGCCAGAUUUAGCAUCACAUCGAGUGCUCCGAUUCAGAACCAAUCGAUUCGCACAACCAUUACAUCGCCGACAGGAAAACAAAUUGCCGUUAAUAUAGAAUACAUCGAGGGAUGUGUUUGUGAAUUUAUUCCUCUAGAAGUGGGUCCGCAUAUCAUAUCUAUAGAGCACUGCAAUCGACUCGUCAGCUCAUCUCCACUCGUUGUCAAGUCUUACGACGCGAAAAAAGUUUUGGUGACUCCCGUCUCGUCGGGAAGUAUUGGGAAACCGAUUCAAUUCAUAGUCGACGCCAGCAAUUCAGGCGAAGGCAAUCUCGAGAUCGCUGUGAACGCCAAAGGAGAGAAUAUUAUAACCCAAGUGCACCCCAUGGGAGGCGCGAAGUUUGGCGUCUCUUUCGUUGCUAAUGAAAACAGCGAUCAUAUCGUUUCGAUUACAUUCAAUGGUCAACCAGUUUCUGGAAGUCCUUUCGUGGUUCACAUCAAUCCAGAGAUGAACAAAGUCUCUGUUAGCGGAACAGCUUUACAUUUCGCGCCCGUCGAUAAACCAGCGAUUCUCGCCGUUCAUAACGUGUUGUCCGAAAAUGAUUUAUUCCCUAAAAUAACGGGGCCAACCGGACAGUCUGUUCCGAUGACACUACAAAGAGAUGUAGAUUCUGGUGUCACUAAUAUUGAGUUUUUGCCCGCAAUUCCUGGGGAAUAUUUAAUACAACUCAAACACAAAGGUGUACCCAUUCCUGGCUCUCCCUUUUCAUCCAAAAUAUAUGAUAUAAAGAGAAUUCGCGUCAAAGAGAUUCCUCGUGAGAUUGUCUCCGGAAAAGCGGUCACUUUUAUAGUGGAGGCAUCAAAUGCAGGUCCGGGCAAUCUGGAAGUGAUUGUUAACAAUGGCAAAGUUCCCUCAACACCCAAGGCUUUGGGAUCAAGUCUUUACGCCAUAACUUUUGUACCCAAGGAUACAGAAGAUCAUAACAUUGACAUUAAGUUUAAUGGAGAAGCCGUUCCAGGCUCUCCAUUCACGUGCUCUGUUUUGGACGCAUCAAAGGUGACCAUCAAUAGGGAUGGCUUGGAAAAGGUUGCCGUUCUCACGACCGCCAAAUUUUCCAUUGAAACAAACGGCACAUCUUUGUCGGAGAAUAAUGUUUUAAUACUCGGACCGACACAUAAAACAUUGCGAGCAGUUCUGAACGGCGAUCCGCAGAAUGGAUAUCAAAUUGAAUUCACGCCAACAGAAGUUGGAGAUCAUGCCAUUGAUGUUAAAGUUGGCGGCUCUUCAGUACCCAACUGUCCAUUUCUAGUUAAGGCUUAUGAUUCAAAAAAUGUCAGAAUUUCAGAAAUAACGAGUGGAACCGUUGGGAAACCCAUUUAUUUUUCAAUCGAUGCGAGUGCUGCCGGUGCGGGAAAUCUCGAGAUAAUAGUGUCGGCGAACGGCAGAAAUGUUCCCAAUUAUGUUCAAUCAGAAGGAAACGCUAAAUUCAGGGUCAAUUUCAAGCCAACCGAACCCAACACUCAUGUGUUGAGCGUUAAAUUCAAUGGAGAGCCCGUUCCAGGCAGUCCAUAUUUAGUGAAAGUUGUGGACAGCACUCAAUCCAUUAUAUCUGGACAUACGUUAAGAAUGGCUUCUUUAGGGAAAGGCGUCGAAUUCAGUGUUGAGAACCGAAACGACGAGUCGAGUGAAUGCAAAGUUGUCGUCACA